GCAAUUGAAGAGGAUAAUAAUAGAGUCUCAUAUUUGAUACAGAAGGCAGAAAUUUUGGCUGAGAUUGAGUUAUUUUACCUAUUACCAAAUCAGAGAUGUUGGCAAACAUGGUUUCCUGAAGUAAUACAUUAUUAUACUGAUGUUGAUAAGACUCGAAUAGAAAUUGAAAGAUUGAUUAAAGAGGGUGAAUGGGAUAAUAAGGAAUUCAUAAAGAUGCAAGAAAAAUUAUUGGAACAACUUCAGAUUAAAUAUAAUCCUAUUGGCAAUGAGGUAAUAUUGGAGAAAGUAAAAAGAGAAAUUAGAGAAAUUA